AUGGCAACAGAAAAAAACCAAGCUCCUGAUACUCGUGCUUAUGUCAGCGUUUCCAUUCUGCUUCAGUUUCCUAAUGAGUAUUCGGCAGCUGCUGGAGACCAUCGACUGCAGGGCCUCGUGGCCGAGCACGCAAACCUGAUGCGUGUGCUGGAACAGACACAGACACAGGGGCUGCUGGCUGUUCCUUCGGUGUCGCGUGACGACACAAUGUCUGUGGAGGAAAAAUACCGGCUCGUUGUUGCGUCUCUGCACGAGAUGGAGCACCAGGUGAACCAGCUGGACGAAUUACAGCUGCGUCUCGAGCAAUGGGACGAUUUGAUGCGCGACGCCAAGACGCGGACGGCGGCCGCGAAACUGAUGAGCUUCGACCAGAGGAACGUGGCCGAGGUGAUGGACGCGCUUGUGAGGCUGAAAGAGCGGUUCUACGCUGCGGUUCUGCGCUCCAGCCGUCUUAUGCGCAUGUACAUGGUCGAUACGUUUGAGCAGGCGACGUUCUAUCUGGACGUGGAGACGAAGCUCCGUCGGUACACAAGGCUGGUGGAGCAGAAACAGGGUAAGUAG